GCGAUGGGAGAGGGACAGAGGCGGGGCUGAAGGCAGACGGCCCCCUACAGAAAUGUCUCUUCUGAGUUGUACCGAAUAGAGCUUUCCUCAUACGGAAUCCUGCAGCUGCCCCAGCUUUCCAGCCCGCUUCCUGAAGACGCCCAGAAAUCCACGCCCGCUCGGGCGCCUCCCACGGCCAACCUUGCGGCUGGGUCGGUCGGUGGUUCCCAGGGGUCGUCCUUCCUUCCUCUCCCGAGUCUCCCCGCCUCCGCCCCGCCCCGCCCCGCCGCCUGCGGUCCCUUUAAAGGCCGCUGGUCUGGGGCCGCCCUCCUCUCGAGGAGGACUCGGGAGAAGCGCCGCAGCCGCGCGCCUGGCAUGGCCAUGGCGUCCCCGGCCAUCGGGCAGCGCCCGUACCGGCUGCUCUUGGACCCAGAACCGCCGCGCUAUCUGCAGAGCCUGAGCGGCCCCGAGCCGCCGCCGCCGCCGCCGCCGCCGUCCUCGCGCCGCUGCGCCACUGCGCCUCUGUCCCCUGCGCCCGGGGCGCACGAGGGGCGUGGUGCCCGAAGGGCUACCCGCGGGGACCCGGAGCCCCCACCCCGGGCCUCCCGCCCCGCUCGCCCUCUCCGGCCUGGACUGCAGCAGAGACUGCGGCGGCGGCCUGGAGCGCCCCGACCCCGCGACGUGCGGAGCAUCUUCGAGCAGCCGCAGGAUCCCCGCGUCCCGGCGGAACGAGGCGAGGGGCACUGCUUCGCGGAACUGGCACUACGGAGCGGCCGAGGCUGGUGUGACCUGUGCGGACAAGAGGUGCUGCAGCAGGCGCUGCGCUGCGCUAACUGUAAAUUCACCUGCCACCCGGAGUGCCGCAAUCUGAUCCCUGGACUGCACAGGGAGCAGGAAGGCCCAUCCCGGAACAGACCGUCUCCAGAAAGCACCCUCACUCCGACCUUCAGCCAGAAUGUCUGUAAACCUGCAGAGGAGGCACGGCGCCCGCCCACACUGCAGGAGAUCAAGCAGAAGAUCGCCAGCUACAACAGCCGGGAGAAGAACUGCCUGGGCAUGAAGCUGAGUGAAGAUGGCACUUACACGGGUUUCAUCAAAGUGCAUUUGAAACUGCUGCGGCCAGUGACAGUGCCUGCUGGGAUCCGGCCCCAGUCCAUAUAUGACGCCAUCAAGGACGUGAAUCUGGCGGCCACCACAGACAAGCGGACAUCCUUCUACCUGCCACUGGAUGCCAUCAAGCAGCUACACAUCAGCAGCACCACCACAGUCAGUGAGGUCAUCCAGGGGCUGCUCAAGAAGUUCAUGGUCGUGGACAAUCCCCAGAAGUUUGCACUUUUUAAGCAGACACACAAGGAUGGGCAAGUGCUCUUCCAGAAACUCUCCAUCGCUGACUGCCCCCUCUACCUGCGCUUACUUGCUGGGCCUGACACCGAUGUCCUCAGCUUUGUGCUAAAGGAGAACGAGACCGGAGAGGUGGAGUGGGACGCCUUCUCCAUCCCUGAGCUCCAGAACUUCCUAACGAUCCUGGAAAAAGAGGAGCAAGACAAAAUCCAACAAGUGCAGAAGAAGUAUGACAAGUUUAGGCAGAAACUGGAGGAGGCCUUAAGAAAAUCCCAGGGCAAACCUGGCUAACCGGUCCUCCUUUCUCUGCUCCCAGUGCCCGCGGAUUUAUUUUUAUUAUUAAUUAUUAUUUCGCAACAGACACAUUUUCUCAGGACACCUCUGGCCGGUGCAUCUGUGCCCGCCCAGCAGUCCCAGAUGUGGCACAGUUUCUGCUGGACACGUGGGUGUGUGGGGCCGGGUCCUGCCCACCCUGACGCAGUGCCCGUCUGCACACGGCCAAGGAGCAGCAUUCGUGUGAAAGGACAGCCGUGGUCCUCCUGCAGCCUGCAAGCCCUUCACAAACCAAACAGCUGCCUCUCUCGUCACCAAACUGGAACUGUUCACACCAGCUGGCGAAGGAAAGAAAAAAAGAGUUUAGAGAUAUAUGUUCUUUCUCCGGCUUUUAUUCUUUAAUUUCUCUCUUAUUUGCCACCCGAUAUACCUUUAUUUAUGAGUCUAAAGUUGUAGCUUAUUCCUUUAGCAAGUCUGAGCUAAGCGCCUGAAAGCAGGAUAAAGCUCAUAAAAAGAUUGUUCCCCACUGGCUGCGGAUGCUCAGGUCAGGAGCACCAGAGCUGAAGUUGGCUCAGAGAUUCCCAGAGAAGCAGCAGCCUGCCCUGGCCCUGCCCCGAUCUGCCAAGUCUGUGCACCUGUAAACCCAAAGCCCAUCCAUCUGCAUAUGUAUGUACUUAGCCAUAUCUUUGUCAAUAACUGUUUGCUUUUAAGUUACAACUUUGAAAUUAAUAUUGCCAUCAUGCUCAUGUUUCUACUAAGGGGAAAAAAAAAACUGUUUACCAUUUUAGAAGUCUCCUGCUGAGUACAGAAAUCAGGCAGUCAGAGAAAGCCAAAAAGUGUUGGAGAGAAAUGUGUCUAAGUGGUCUUCAGCCUUCUCCCAGCUAGAGUGCAGGGGAGGACUGGCUGCCAGUGGUGUCCCCUGGGCCUCCAGCACCGCCUCCUCCCACAGGGACUGUGGAAUCUCCAGGUGCUGCCAGAGGAGCUGCCGGGAUUACAGAGGAGGCGUCCCUCCGGCUCAGCCAACUCGGAGUCCUUUGUGUUCUGAAGCCUGGGCCAGCCUGUGGCACUGCGCUCAGUGAGCUGUGGGGCUGGCCUCCCUGCUGACCUCAGUGCCUUUUUGUUUUCAGAAAUACAGGAGCAGGGUGUGUUUACCUAAAGCUGUGCGGCUGGCUUGCUCCUGCCAGGAAGUGGACCAUGGUGGUGUGGGAGACAAGGCCAAGAGAGCCCUCCCUCCGAGUAUGGGACGAGGUCACAGCCCUCCUUCCCACUGAAGGUCCUGGGCUUUGAUUCCCAGAUGUGACUGUCAAACCACGUUGACAAGGAGGAUCACCUUCCCAGCUCUACAUUUGUACUGGCUCUUUGUUUAGGUCCAAACUUAAAAAUAAACUAGUCAGACAACUCUAGCAAGUAGCCAGGACUGCAGAGACACUCCAGUGCAGAGGGAGCACUUUUAACUUUCCAAGCAGGGCCCAUUUUCCUUUCAGCCUCUGAGAGACCAUUUCUUCCAUGUCCUCUGCCUUCCCACGUCCCUCCUGGGUCGGUUCAAGCCCAAGCUUCUUUGUGUAGCCUCAGAAGUUCCCUCCCUGACCCUUGCUGAGUCCACACUGCCCCGAUCCCAGAAGGAAUGCUGACCAUACAACUGUGCUAGUCUUCGGAGCUGCAAAAGCAAGACAGGCUAGCAGCUUAAAGAUUUUGUAAACCACAAAAACCCUGGUGACCUGCCAUCGCAUGCUCAGCCUUAUCACUUCCCUCCCUUAGAGACUCUCCUGGCUGUAUGUUAAGGGGAGUGGCUGGAGAGUCCUUCCUCCUUCAUGCUGCGUGUCUUUUACGUUAAUAGAAGGCACAGCUCCUGCUGCGGCCGCUGUGGAUGCUGCUGAGAACCUCCCUCUGGUGGGGGUGGCAAUUUUAUUUUUGAGAAGGAAAAAAAGUCAUGUACAUAUAUACCAUAAAGGCAUAUAGCUAUAUGUAAAGAGAUGGGGGUGUUUAUGAAAUAUAUUAGGGGAAAAUUUAGACUUUAUCUAAAGCACAGUUAGACCCAGGACCCAGGCUGAGGUCCAAGCCUCUGAAAACAGUGUGUACUAAGUGUCCCUUCCCCCGCCAGAGGUGGGCAUGACUGCUGGUAGUGCCUUCUAUUGUCGUGUUGCCCAGUGUGUGUUUGUUUUGAGAUAUUUUCUCUUU